AAAGAUUUAAAAGAGAGAGAGAAACAGAAUUAUUUGAGGAUCCUAAAUCUUUGGACUCUGACAACAAGACAAAAUUUUCUCUUGCUGCACGCAAACUACAUCCAAUCAAAGUCAAAUCGCGAUGGCUGAAGUAGAUUCACCACCGCCGCCUCCGCCACCGCAGUACCUAGAGGUUAACUGCAUAACCUCCGGCAAGAUCCUACGGUUCGCUCCGGGCACCGAUGCAGGAUUCGCGGUGGCGCUGAUAAAUCGGAAACUGAAAGGAACAGUUCCAUUGGUAACGCACAUAGAAGCUGUGAAAGAUGGCGAAGAAGAAGAAGCAGUUGCUUUUGGACCAAACGCAAUUCUUUCCAAUUUUGGUGAAGAUUGGAAGCUUCAAACCGUUCUUUCUUCGGAAGAACAAAGAAAAGGACCUAUUCAAGGAGUGGCAAAGCAAACAUUAGAACAUGUUUCAAAUGUCCCAGGUGGUGAAAGCAGAGAACCUAACCCAAUAGGCUCAGUAUAUAUCGUUAAAAUAAUAUUUGCUUUUAUUUUGAUUUUUGUUCUUGGUGCAAUUUUUACUUUGUUUCUUGAUAAUCUUCCUGCAUUGAUAUUGUUUGUUCAGUCAUUUAUAUAAUUCAUUUUUCACUUUUAUGUUUGUAACUUAAAUGUAUGAAUUGAAUAAAUGACUUAAUUUUAUAGCCUUUUGCUUUUGUUAA